AAGAACAAUAGGAGUUUGUAACCCCUGGCGCAAACUUCAGAGGAUAUGUACGACAGGGAACGAAGAUGGGUGGGUGAAGUCCCGGCUUACGUUUUUCCUCAACGUUUUUAACUCCUCGAUGUUGCGACGUGGCGUCAAAUGAAUGCCAACCCCUUUGUCGUUCUGUUGUUUCUUAUACUGCGAUUAUCCGUGCUCUUCCAUGAUCUUUUCUAUCAAUUCUAUCGUCGUCGAUUCCUCGAGUGUUACCAAAACGAGAAUAUUCGCGAUAUUCUCGGCAGCAGACGUGCCGGUCGCCGAAAUUCGAAAUCUCCAAGGAUAGCCAAACGAUGAGCCAUCGUCCGAACGCCGAUAUGGAUUUGUUGUUCUUCUCUUCUAUAGACGAGGCCACGAAAGUAUGGCUCGAUACUCUGCAUCGGAUGUGGGCGCUUUGGAAAAAGUGCGACGGCGUCAGCAAAACAUUGACGGAUUACUUCGAGACUGCACCAAAUCCAUAUCUCAGCACAUUGAGAAUUCUUGUCAACGUCACGGAUUUUGAUCACAUGACAAAUAGCAAGUCACUUGCGUUUGCAGUGAUGGAGGAGUUUUCAAAUUGGAUAGAAGACAGACAAGAAGGAUACAAGGAAUUUCUCGUUCCUGAUUUGAAACUUGCAGCAUUUAAAUUAGUAAGACAGAAACAUAUGAAACAGAUGCUGUUAAUAGAAAAGAUAUCUGCCAUAUAUAAUUUUGUGGAGCAUAAAGAGAUAUUUCUACAAACAAUAAAGGAUAUGAUACAAGAAAAAGAGUAUAAAGAAGCUGCACAGUAUGCAGCAAUGUUACAAUUGCAAAGUCAUUUUAUGGAUCCAAAAAUAUUGUUACUACCCCUCAUACUACAAAACAAAUUGCAAAUAGUUGACAAAUUUUUAAUAGGCUGCCCAGAGAUUCAGAAAGCCUUGGCAACUUAUUUAGACAACUUGAUAGCACCAGGGAAAAGUGUGCAGAUUAUAUUAGAAGAAUUUGUUUAUAUAAAUGAUAUACCAGAAGUUAAGAUAUCGUUGACACAAGUUCGCCCAAUAACCAAGCUUAUUGCACGUCUAAUGAAGGACUACAAUUUAUCACCUGAUGUAUGCCCUCAUUUAAAUACAAAACGAAACGAAGGAGCAUUGCAAUUCCUUAUACAUAAGCGCUAUGUGGAUGGUAGUUUAAAUAUUGCCAGUUGGAGAGAGAUGGUAAAAGAAGCAGUAGGGAUUGAUGCCAAAUUACAAACAGAGUUACUCACUAUGUUAAUUAAUGCUGGUGAUGCACAAGAAGGUUUAUACUGGGCAAAAGAAUAUGAAAUACCUAAAGAUGAAUGGCCAUGGGCUAUCGUACAUAUAGAAGAACAGAGUGCACAAAUGGUAAAUGAAGGCGCUUCGACGAGUAAAGAUGAAACUUGGAUAGCGAAUGAUAAUGUAAAUUAUCACGUAUUAAAAUUGCCAAGAGAAAAUGUCAAAUUAGUAGAUGAUAGACGGUUAUUCGAAGAGUUCCUUGAUAAUGGAUUGAGAGACAUUAGUAUGGUUGGAAUUGAUUUGGAGUGGAAACCUAGUUUUGGUACCAAACAACCUGAAUUAGCACUUAUGCAAGUAGCUACUGAGAAUAACGUCUAUAUUCUGGAUGUAACUACUAUUGGCAAUCAAUUACCUGAACUCUGGAAUGAACUUGGUCUUAUAUUAUUUGGAAAUAAAGACAUUGUCAAGAUUGGAUUUGGUGUAGCACAAGAUAUGACUGUAAUACGUAAUAGUUUACCUGCCUUGUCGUCUCUUAAAACACAUGGCCAAGGAUACCUUGAUUUGAUGCUUUUGUGGAGGAAGUUAGUAGAAGAAUACAACUUUAUUUUUCCAUACAAAGGUGAUCCAAGUUUCACAAACAAAAGCUUAAGUAAACUUGUGGAAUUGUGCUUCGGACAUAGACUCAAUAAGUCUGAUCAGUUUUCAAAUUGGGAGCUGAGACCCUUGAGAGAAAGUCAAAUAGUAUACGCUGCUCUAGAUGCAUAUUGUUUGUUGGAAAUAUACAAUGUACUAGCAGAUUAUUCAGCAGAUAUGGAUAUACCAUUUGAAGAUAUUUGUGCUGAAAUACAGCAUAUUUCGCACGCACAUACAAAGACAAAUACGAAUAAAUUUACAGAUAUGAAGAAACACAUGUAUUCGAAUCCAACAAUAUUUAACAGAGACAAUGAGGAUCAUAUGGACGCAGGGGCUUCACCAAAAUGCGGAACAGUACAUAGGCCUACUUUCAAACCUGGAUAUUACAAUAAACAAAAUCAGGGUAGAUACCGCGAACCAGCUAGUGGCAGUAAAUAUGAUAAUCAUGAUAACCAUAACCGUGACAGAAAUGCGCAUAUUAGAGCAGUUCGAGUAGUUAACGAUCGAAGACACGAUGAUCAAAGAAGAUACGAUGAGAAUCACGAUAGUCAUAAUCGUGACAGAACUGCGCGCAUUGGAGUAAUACGAGUUAACGAUGGAAGAUACGAUGACCAAAGAAGAUUUGAUAAUCAUGAUAAUCAUAAUCAGAAUAAACACACAAACGCCAGAACGAAUCCAACAGUCAACGGUAGAUACGAAAACCAGAAGAGAUUUGAUUAUCACAAUAGAUAUGACACUCAGAAUAAACGUGGUAAUCAAGGUAGACGCGAUAAUUACAACAGAUAUGACAAGCAGGAUAGGUGGGAAGAUAUUCAGGGUAGACGAAAUACUCCAAAUAGACAGAAUAACGCGAGUAGACCCGAGUCCGUGCAACGACGACGAAAUUUGGAUUCAAUCCCUGCACAUUCAUGGCGCGUUGUAUGCGACUCGAUGUUGGGUGGCUUAAGCAGCAAAUUACGCAUGUGUGGUAUAGAUUGCAUACACGUAUUAUUUGAUCAAGGAGGAGAUGAUUCCGCCAGAUUGGCAAUGCGCGAAAACAGGAUCCUGUUGACGCGUAACAAGAGUUACGAAAGAUUUAAGCAGUACCUACCGUUGGAGAACUGCUACAGGAUAAUGACCGACACACCUGACAACCAGCUGCGAGAAGUUCUAAAUCAUUUUGGCGUUGUGGUAACGCAAAAUGAUAUUUUCAGCCGAUGCCAAAUAUGUAACUGCGAUGAAUUCGUGAAAGUUCCAAAGAAACUAAUGGAUGAUCUUAUGCAAAGCUUCGUGAAAAUUAUAAGAAAAAACAAUUAUCGAGUAUUGCCUAAUCAAACUGACAAUACGUUCGAAGCCGAUGCCGAUUCAAAUGAUGAUUUUGAAGUUGUUCAGAAUCCAAGUAAUUAUUUUACAAAUAGCGAACAUCGUACAUGGCGUUUAUCCCUGGAUACUCUUGACGUUGACUCGUGUACAACUAGAUAUCACAUGCGAAUACAACUCGAUAAAGUCCCGCUAAACGUACUGAAGAAUGUACAGACCUUUUAUAUCUGCGAGCAUUGUGGGAAGAUUUAUUGGGACGGCUCGCACUUGGAGCGAGCUCUUAAUGGUGUUAUCAAAGAUUUAAUUGUUAAACAAUAAGUAUUAAUAUUAAAUGUGAUAAAAGGCGCGUGCUUGAAGAAUUUACAAGGCACAGACAAACAAACAAAAAUCAAAUUCGUCCUCAGUUUGAAAUUUCAAGUGCAUGCUGAUUGUUCCUACAAUUUAUAAUGCCAAUGAUGCAAUAUUGUCACGCUUAUUCAAAGCAUCCGGCCACGGCCGGAUGUUAAUAUUUGUGGCAUAAACAUAUAGUCAUAUCGUUACAUCGUUACUGUUCUUCCUUACAUUUUUAAAAUCUAAUAUAGUCUAUUUUGUUCAUUUUAACUAUGUUAGAUACAACAAUGAUGUCGUGAACUAGUGUAAUCUGAAUUUUGUUCCGACAAAAUUGAUUAUUAUAUAUUAUGAUUACGAUGCUACAGAUCAAGCCUGUCCAACUUUUAGCUCGCGAAUUUAACGCUUCCACCUCUCCACUUGUUUUUUCUCUGUCUCAUUGAGCGAGACAGACACAAAACAAAAUGAAUAAAAGCUAGAAAACGCACGGAUUGCUCUAGCGUCUAUUCUCUCUUUUUUUUGUUUUUGAUUCAACGAGUCAACAAAAGUAUUUAGUUCGCGAGCUAAGAAUGCCAUACAUCUUUUCUUAAAUGAUUAAUAAUUACUAAUAAUAGUUAUUAUCUUAAUAUAAGUUGUUAACUAAUCAAUGUUUUAGCAUUUAGAUUUCUAAUAUUUUUAAUAUAUUCGCUUUAUAAAAUGAUGAUUUUCAAUAUAGAUUAUUUAAUCAUUAAGGGCCAUAUACAAACAUCUCAAGAUGUAACUUCUAUUACACGACUACAUGUUUAACGUAUAUUUCUUGUGUAAGAGCGAAUCAAAUACAAGUACUUAAAAGUUA